GGCCGACUCAGGCAAACAACCUUGCGCCGGCGCCGGCGGAGACUCGAGCGAAGCCGAAGGGGCCCGCCGCCCAAGCAAAACUCUCGCCUGUAUAUGAACUUGUCGUCUUCCGCAGGCGCUUGGCAAGUGAGCUCAACAACCUCAGGUUGUCAGCUGUCCAGCAAAUGUGACCCCUAUACCUCUGGAAGAAGAGUGCUAAAGUCGUGCUUAGGUUUUUCUCCUACAACGCAAGUUCUUUGCCUCAUUUUCACCACAUACCCAGCUCCGCAUUUUUGAAGACUGCCAGCGCUGCAGCUGAUUCGUGAAAGGACGCUCCAGCAGCAUUCCGGAAACAAGCAUCAGGGGCAUCGCAAAAGAGCAACCCGGAGAGUAUGAUGGGGACCCCUCCUCAGGAUGAGGGGCGGAAUGGGGCUCCCCUGAGGGCGGUGGUCGUUGGCGGCGGACCUGCGGGAUGCGUGACGGCGUUCUUUCUGGCCAAGAGGGGCUUCCAGGUCGAAGUGUUUGAACGCCGAGCAGGGAUCGCUCGGCCGCAGGAGACAGCAGAUUUGACAAAGGAGGAGGUUCGGGCGACCGUCUUCGAUCGCAGCGAGACGCGCUCGUAUGCCAUGAUGCUGACCAAGCGCGCGUUCGUUGCUCUCGACGCGGCGGGCGUCGAGCUCCCUCAUUGGAUCGGGCAGCGCAUCCGAGGUAGCCGACGAAACCUCAAGACUGGAAAGGUCGUACAAAACGAGUAUGGAGCAACAACGGACAACCGGACUGUUGCGCGGCAAACACUGACGGCGUGGCUACUGCACCACUUGCAGGAUAGCUUUCCUGACAAAGCGCGGAUCCACUUGGGAUACGGGUUCGUGGGGUUUAAGGAGGGUGGCCGGGUUGCCCUCUUUGAGAAGGUCCGGACCACUUCAGACGCUGGAAACGGGGUUGAUGCGGACGUCCGGGAAGGCACCGAGCUGCUGGAGGCGCCGUUCGAUCUGCUGGUUGGUGCGGACGGCGUCAGCAGCAGUGUCCGCACGCAUCUGCUGAAAAAAGAGGAGGCGGAGGGCACACCCGCAGGAGAAUGCGAGCUCACCUGCUCUCAAACCAUGUCCCUAACCCUGUACAAAACUCUGGUGAUUCCCCCCUCGGUGGCGUUGCGGCACGGCUUCGAGGGGCCCACUCGCGAGUACCUGAACGUGUGGCAGAGUGGCAUCAUGAUGGUUCCCAUGGGUGACGGCAGCCUGUGGGGCGGGUCGAUGGCUCCGCGGCUCGUGGGCGCCACGUCGCCUGAGACGGUGACGUCAGCUUUGAGCAAGGAGGCCCCGACCCUGCUGCCCCUCCUCCAGGACACCAACCCGGACUUCGCGCAGCAGUUUGUGGAGCAGCCGGCGAUUCCCCAGGGGACGACUACCGUGCUCUCGAGAUUCCACUCAGGGCACGUCGUGCUGGUCGGGGACGCCGCGCACAGCAUGGUUCCCGAGCUGGGCCAGGGCUGCAACACGGCUAUCGAGGACUGUUUAGUGCUGAACGAGUCUCUGGAUGCGCUUGGCGUACGAGGCGAUGCGAGCCCUGGGGCCAUUCCAAAGGCGCUAAAAGAGUUCACUGCGCGCCGCCUGCCAGACGCGCGCGCAAUCCAGGCCCUGAACGCCAAGCGCUUCUUUCCGCGCACCUUUCUGGAGCGAAUCAAGUUCGUGGGCAUCAUUAUGCUGUCCAAGUUGGCGCCCCCCCUAAUCGGCACGCCUUCCUUCUUCAUGCUUUUCACGACGACUCCCUUCCGACGCAUCCUCGCCCAAAAGGAGCGGGAGGACCGAACGUGGAUGGCAUUGCAGGCCUCGGUUGUGGCCGCCGGUUUGGGCAUUGCCACGUAUGCUUGCAGCACGUGGUUGCCGGCUUGGAAGUGACACCUACUAAAUUCAGAUAUUGCGCGCGCGGUGCAAUAAGCUGCGCUUGAUUGAUUGCUCUGUCAUGCUUCGCAUAUAUCGCCAAACGCACCCUAUAAUCGUAACAAGUUCGAAAGUAAGGCGUUCCCCCGCAGAACACCUAAGGGUUUGAUAUAGACUUUUUGUGUGCUUAGCCUGUCAGAUAAACCUGCGUUUGAUCGAGAUGGAGCAAGUAGUCGCUCGACAAGCUUUAAACUCGUGGUAUAGAUGUGGAUAACAGGCCGAUAGAAUCUGAUUGUAUAUAGCUAAGUGUACAAUUGCGGUGAAGGGCCCAUGUGGCAUGCGCACUACCC